AUGGAGGCCCUCUCCCCGCGCACAACGAACCAGAUGAUCAAACCGAAGCUGGCCAUGGAUCGUAAAGCGUUCGAUAAGAAUGCUGUGGUUCCAAGUAACAAGCAAAAGCUUGCAACAUCCAAAAGCUACGCCGAUCCGCCGCCGUCAGUAGUCUCAGAGCCGGAAGAUGGCGGGGAGCGAUACUCAAUAGGCGCAUUCUUGGGAAAAGGCGGCUUUGCUGUUUGUUAUGAGGGCACAUUAGCUCGCAACGGCCGGGUGUAUGCCAUGAAGGUCGUCAAGUCAGCGAUGCCCCAGAAAAAGAUGGAGGAGAAGUUUCGAACCGAACUCCAGAUUCACUCUAAAAUGCGCCAUCCUUUCAUCGUCCAGUUCCACCGCGCAUUCGCUUUCGAAUCCAGCACCUAUGUCGUCCUGGAGUUAUGUCCGAACGGGUCGGUAAUGGAUAUGUUUCGAAAACGACGCUGUUUCAGCUUGCCAGAAGUGCGCCGGUACAUGAUUCAGCUUUGCGCAGCGGUAAAAUACCUACACAAACGAUUCGUCGCUCAUCGUGACUUGAAGAUGGGAAAUUUGUUUCUCGAUCACAACAUGAACAUCAAGGUUGGGGAUUUUGGUCUGGCGGCUAUGAUUUUGUCCGACAAGGAUGCGAAGCGACGGAAUACGCUAUGCGGUACACCCAACUAUAUCGCCCCCGAAGUUUUGGACAAGAGCAAAGGUGGCCAUACACAAAAAGUUGACAUUUGGUCCGUGGGUGUAAUAUGCUUUGCCAUGCUCGCUGGAUACUUGCCAUUCCAAUCCAAAACACAAGAUGAAGUUUACAAAAAAGUCCAGAACUUGAAUUAUGUCUGGCCCAAGGAAUCAGAAUCCAGUAACUACAUUCCCGAGGAAGCAAAGGACCUAGUCAGCCGUUGUUUGAACCUAGUGGACGAGGAGCGACCAGAUCCCGAUGACAUUGUUGAGCACCCAUUUUUCAACAUGUACGAUGGGUGCAUUCCUCGUCAGCUGGACCCCUCAUGCCGAUUCAACAAGCCAAUAUGGCUCAAGGACGCUUCGCCUCAGGGUGAUUGUGUGGUAAGUGGGUAUGGCUUGGACUCGGAUGAGAAGCUCCGAGCCUAUGUGUACCAGGUGGACGACCCCGCCCAGCGAUAUCAUUCUUGCAAAGCUGCCUUCUACUCACUCUGCGGCGUGGGACGUAAGCCUGACGGAACGGCUCGGAAAUCUGUUGGGAGAAACUGCUCAAAGUCGGCCUUUUCUGAGUGUGAUGUAGAGGACUCCAGAGGUCUACGACCAAUAAUACCCUUGUCGGCAGAUUAUGUUUACCGAUGGCCCCAUGACCUCGAAGGAGAUUGGUGUCUCCUGGAGAGUUCCCGAAAGGUAAUCCGGAGUGAGGAGUCUAUGCUUAACAGCAGCACUAUGUCCCAGCGGAGUGUUUCCAUUCGUCCCAAUCCUAUGGCAGCAUCACGGACCAGUGCCGCCCUCGCAGCUGCUCAACAACGCCGAAUGGAAGGACAGAGUCAUGCCGCAACGCUACGCCAGCAAGCGCGAGUGCCUCCUAUCUCUCCCCGGAGGGCCCCUGGAAUCGGUGAUCCCCCCUACUCUAUCCUCCAGGCCAUAUCGAGAUAUAUCUCAAGCCGAGCCAAAACCCCCUUCCGCUGCGGACGUGCCAACUGGAGGCUUGGCAGAGCGUCCUAUUCGGACACGAAGGAUGGUAUCUGCAUCGCAAGCAACGGCGCUGCGUAG